AUGGCCUCCUUCCACGCCCGGUCCUCCCACGCCCCCUCCCACCACCGACCCAGCCCGGUCGACCUCCCCGGGCCCAUGCCCCUCCUCUUCUCCUUCCCUCCUAUGGCUGCCAUCCACUCCCUCCCCCCAGAGCUCAUCCGCUCCAUCUUCGAGCUCUCCGUCUACUCCCAGCCCGACCCAGACCACCGCCUCCACUCCCAGCACACCGCCGAGGUCACCAUCUCCCACGUCUGCCACCAAUGGCGCCAGAUAGCCCUCGACAACCCCCUCCUCUGGACCCAGAUCCACUUUCGCACAAAGGCCCACUACGAACGCGCGGACAAGACGCCAUCCAAAAGCAUCCGACCUCCUCUUCCGCGACGACUUCCUCCCGUCUUCAACGUCGUCCUCCCUUACAUCCGCCUCUGGCGCGAGCUCCAUCUCAAAGUCGCCGACCUCCCCUGCAAGCAGAAGGCCCGCGAGGUUCUCUCCACAUGCGGCGUCGCCCCCAACCUCCGCACCCUCCAGCUCUGGCACGUCCAGGACUGGCAGACCCCCGAACGUCUCUUCAACCACAUCGGCCCCGCCCCCGUCGUCGUCUUCGGUGGUGAGCUCCCCUCUCUCAAGCACAUCAUCCUCCAGGGCGUCAACCUCCCCUGGCACUCGUCCCCCUUCCUCCGCGGCCUCACCUCCGUCGAGUUCGCCCUCCACUCCGACAACGUCCGCAUGCCGUUCUCCCUCUGGCGCGACAUGCUCCGCCAGUCCCCCCCCUCCAACGCCUUUCCCUCCACUACUCUGGCCCCCGCGCCCACGCCCAGGACUCUCUCCCCUCCGACGGCAUUGACUGACCCGGUCCAGCUCCCCGCCCUGGCCGAGGUCGACCUCCACGACCUCGACCCCCACUACCUUGUCUCCCUCUUCCGCACCAUCCACGCCCCCAACGUCCGCUCGCUCUCCCUCGAGAUGGCGAUCGACGACGACGACGACGAGACGGACGAGGACGCGCCCGACUACGCCCCCUUCCUCCACUACCUCUUCCCGCGCCUUGCCCACCUCGCCAUCGCCUCCCUGCCGUGCUCGACCGACAGCUGGCGCGCCUUCCUCUGCAGCGCGCGCGAGCUCACCUCGCUCGCCGCCGACUUCACGCGCAUCCGCGACGGCGCAUUCGAGGUCCUCUUCGAGUCCGUGUCCGCGCCUGGUGGGGCCGACGAGGACAAGGACGACAAGGACAAGGGCAAGGCGCACGCCGAAGAAGCGCCGGAUCCCGCGCCGACGACAGAAGAGCCGAUCCUCCCGCACCUCCGCACCGCGCACAUCUCCGGGCUCGAGUGCGAGGAGCUCGUGCGGCUCGCGGACCACCGGCGCGCGGCGGGCUGCCCCAUCGGCCGGUGGGAGGUCAAUAUCGGUUACAAGGACGACAACCCGGCGGGCUGGGCCGCGUUUGCGGCCGCGCUCGAUGCGGAGAGCGAGAAGGCGCGCGCGGCGGCGGAGGCGGCGGAGUGCGGGAAGGGCGCGGAUGGUAGGGUGAGGGAGCCGUGGCGGUGGGACGAGCCUGCGGAGCGGCUGGUGUGGGUCGAGGACGAUGAGGAUGGCGAGGGCGAUGGCAUGGGGAGCGAUGAGGACGAGGACGAGGAGGAGGAGGAAGGAGCUGAUGGAGUGGAUGACGAGGAAGACGAGGACGGGGAGGAGGAUGAGAGUUAG